AUGCAGCGCAGCCGCUACCCAUCCAACGCCACCGAGACCAAGCUGAUGGCUGCCACCUUGAGCCAACUGUAUUGGUCUGCCGUCCACUCGGACUAUACCGCUGAAGAGCGAGAGAUGUGCUGGGCUUUGAUUUUGGCCUUGCCUAGCAUGUUGUUGUCUGCUCCCUCGACCGCACUGUCUACGAUUGACCUGCGCAAUAUGUUUCACGAUCGUCUCCGUUGGCUUGUGACGGGGCAACUAGGUCGGGUCGUGGACGCCAUGCGCAAGGCAGUCGCACGCAAGCAGAGCCGUCGAGGACAGCUGAACGCCGGCGCGGGCGCCCACCCGAACGACGCAGUCGACCAGAGCCUCAGGUCGCUCGUCCGCGACCCGGACCUGGCGGACGAAGCCUGGGCAAACCACGUCACGAACCGUCUGAACCGAGGUCAGAUUGCCAAAGCAUUUGAUGCCGACAAGGCUCGUGCCGUGAUUGGUAAUUCUGAGGUUCAGGCCGUGCGCGACCUCUUGGUACCGCCCGGGCUGACCCCGUACAUUGCUUCGACACCCGCCUCCACGUCUACACUGGCACCAGCCACGGCUGCGAGCUCCCCAAACGUGUCCUUCACCAAGGGUGAGCUCCCCAAGGCGUUGGCGGCCACCAAGGGUGUCACUGACCCCUAUGGUUGGUCUG